CGCCCCGAGCCGCGACUGCGGGCGCUGCCACAGCUUCCGAGCCGCCUAAAGGAAAGCAGCACAAUGGAGCCAGAGCCCGCCCGGAACUUGGGACUGGGCGACUCCUCCUUGCACAGAUACCUGGAUGGGGAUUUCUGGAGGCUGAAGAACGAGCUGCGCAGGCUCUUGGCCGGUUGUCCCCUCUUCUGGCAGAGAUACGACUUAAGUCUGGAUGAAAUAAGGGAUUUGACAUUUCAGAGAGUGAAAUUUACCAUGGGCUUGCCUCAGUUAAAACGUGCAAUUCAGGAACAGGCAGAGAAAAAGAAGAAUUUUGUCAGGAAAAGUCUUGUCAUUGGAGAAGUCCUUUCCCUAGCAGACAUGGCGACAGGAGUGAAGUGUGGCAUAAUUUACUGGUUAUUUGGUGGGGCUGUCAGGAAUCUUGGGAGCCCAGGACAUGUUGCUAAGUGGUUCCAGCCACUCCAGGAGCAGAAAUACACAGGGAUGUUUGCGAUGACCGAGCGGGGUCACGGUAGCAAUGUGAGGGGCAUACAGACAGAAGCGACUUUUGAUCUCACUGCUCAGGAGUUUAUCAUCGACACCCCUUGUGAAAAUGCCGAAAAGAUGUACAUUGGAAAUGCAAUGGAAGGUCACUAUGCUGCAGUCUUUGCACAGCUCAUCAUAAAUGGAAGAUCUCAAGGUCCCCACUGCUUCAUUGUUCCCGUGAGAGAUGAAAAUGGAAGCUUGUAUCCUGGAGUGACAGUGAUUGAUAUGUUACACAAAGAAGGUUUACAUGGUGUGGAUAACGGGAUUUUAAUAUUUGACAAAGUUCGAAUUCCAAGGGAGAACCUACUGGAUAAGUUUGGUUCCGUGGCACCAAAUGGACAAUACUAUUCACCCAUUAAGAACAAGAGUGAAAGAUUCAAUGUAAUGUUGGCAGCUUUGACACCAUCCCGAUUAGCUGUGACUUUUCAAGCCAUGGGAGCAAUGAAGCUUGGUCUGACAAUAGCCAUUCGCUAUAGCCACAGCCGGAGGCAGUUUGGGCCCAAGGCCAAGGAAGAAGUCAAGAUCAUUGAACACCAAACGCAGUACCUCCGAUUGAUGCCUCAUUUGGCAACGGCAUUAGCGCUGACUUUUACCAGCAGAUAUGCUGGGGAUUUAUUGGAUGAAGACAUCUUUCAUGAGAAGGAUCUUGUCAACAGUCGUUCUUUGCAGGCUCUAGUGGCAGGACUGAAAGCAUACAGUACCUGGGAAAACAUAACCUGUUUACAGGAUUGUCGGGAGUGCACUGGAGGCAUGGGCUACAUGAUGGAGAAUCGGAUCUCAGGCUUAAAAUGUGACUCAGAUGUGUUUGUGACCUUUGAAGGCGACAAUGUGGUCAUGCUCCAGGUGGUGGUACGGGAACUCCUUGCUCAGUAUUCCAAACAGUAUGAGGAAAAACCACUUUUUGGCCUUCUUCGGAACUGGACAGAAUCUGUGAGUGACAACUUGAGAACCAGUUUUUUGGCAUUUAACAUGGAUGCUAUUGGUAAUAUGACCUUCUUAUUGAAAGCAGUGAGUUUUCGAGAAAGAGUUCUUCAACGGGGAUUGGCAGCCAGAAUCUACUAUAAGGUAAUGACCAAGAAGGAGGACAUUUUCAGUGCCUGGAAUUCAUGUCUUCAUCAUGUUGUUUCCUUGUCCCUGGCGCACAUACACAGAGUUACUUUAGAACAGUUCUCCUUAGCAGUGGGGAGCUGCCCUGUUCGGGAGGACCAGACUUUGUUAAUGAAGUUUUGUCUUUUGUAUGGAACCAAGUUGGUAUUCCAGGAGAGAGCAUGGUACUUAGAGCAUAAAUACUUGACCCCAGCAAGCAGUGUGCAGAUCAGAAGUCAGUUGCUGAAUUUAUGUGAUUCGGUGAAGGAGGAUGCACUGAAGGUGAUUUCAGCCUUUAACAUCCCUCACAGCUCCAUCCACGCGCCGAUCGCUGGCGUUCCCAAUCCCCGAGCAGCCUGGGCGUUUUACCCUCCACCCCAGCCUCAAGAGCAGCCGAAGUCAUCGGGGGAAGGAAUGGGCCACCAGCGACUCAAAUUUGGGGCCAAGUUAUAAACGUGUUGUUUUCGGUGUUGUGUUUGCCGUCUCCACGGUGGUUCAUUUCACAGAAUCAGGAAGCUCACCCUAGAUGUGUGCCAGGAAAACAAUCCCAUUUAGGUCCAUGCUUGAUCACUUGGCCCCUCCUGAAAAAGAAAGGGCACAAACUGGGGCCAGGCAAUGAAAGCAUGUGGCCACGAAUCUUUGACCAUAGUUGUCUAUCAACGGGGUCAGGGAGGCCAACGCAGGCUAAAAGCACAAGCCUAACUGCUGAUGGGUCUGGACAGGAGUCGCAAGGGAGAGGAGUGAGUUAGGGUGGGGGUGGAAAGUGCUGCAAGGGAAAGGACUUCCAGUCUUGUCUCUGCUGGAGAGCUCAGCGCUGUGACACCAAGCUCGGUCUCACUAACUGCGGAGGGAUCGUCCAAAGCCAGGGAAUGAGCUGUCCUCUCUUGGCUUCUGCAGGUUUAAAUCUAAAGAGAUUCUAUCCUUAGGAUGGAACUCCCGCUGGAAAGAGUAAGUCAGAUUCUGAGGGAUUCCGGGAAAGCUAAUAAAAUGUAAACAAACCCACCGGACUCCCCUCCCUUCCCCGCCCGUGCUCCAUAUAGCCUAGGCAGUUAGCUGUUUCAGUGAGUCAGACCCACUUAGCUUCUUAAAGGAAAUGCCCCAGAGAUGACAGACUGAUAAUACCUUUUGGAAUUUUACUCAGAGAAGAUUUCAAAGCAAAUGCUCUGGAGGAGCCCGAGAAAAACCAGACCGGUCCUCAUAACUAUUUACCAACCAAUGCAAACAACUUCUGAAAAGGAUGAGAGUUUAUGGGGGGCGGUAUUUAGAAACACAUUUUAAAUCAUUUUUACCAUAUAACGUUUUCAAUCUGUCGAGUAGAAAAAUAUGUAGAA